AUGGCCUUCCAGCGGAGCCACAGGCUGAACCUUCUGCGCCUCGUCGUGCUGCUCCUCGUCGCCUUGGCUGGCAUCAAGUUCCUCUUCCGUGACAGCUUUACCCUGGAGCUGCACAAGCACAUCAGCAAGGACAGCGGGUUCUGGGGGGACACAGGUGACAUUGUCCAGAACAUCAUCCCCCAGAGCCAGAUUCUGGAGCUCCCAGCAGCAAAGAUAACAGCCCUGAGACAAGAGUCUGGGCAGCAGGUCCCCAAGGAUGUCAGUGCCACUGAGAUGAGGCUGGUCCACCUGGAUCUCAAGGGAGCUGCACCCAGAGUCUCCUACCUAGAGCAGCUGUUCCCUCUCCUGUCCCAGCUGGGUGCCAACGGUGUCCUCAUCGAGUACGAGGACAUGUUCCCCUUCAAGGGAGAGCUGGAAGUCCUCAGGUCCCCGUACGCUUACAGUGAGGAGGACAUCGAGCGAAUCCAGCAGCUGGCAGAGCAACACAAGCUGGAGGUGGUUCCCCUGGUGCAGACCUUUGGCCACGUGGAGUUCAUCCUCAAGCACGAGAAGUACCAGCACCUGCGGGAGGUCGAGCGCUUCCCCAACAGCUUCAACCCCCAUGUCCCUGACACCCUGGCCCUGCUCAAGAGCAUCUUGUCGCAGGUGAUUGAGAAGCAUAGGCACUCCACCUGGAUCCACAUCGGUGCAGAUGAGGUUUUCCAUCUCGGGGAGGGGAUGGACUCUAAGAACUGGAUGAGCCGCAACAGGGGUGACGUGGGGACCAUGUACCUGAAGCACAUCAAGGAGGUGCUGGGCUUCCUCGCCGCGCAGUACUGGGGGCUGCGGGCGCUCAUGUGGGACGACAUGCUGAGGAAGAUCAGCGUGGGAGCCCUUCGGGAGUCUGGGAUAGCAAAGCGUGUCUCACCCAUGGUGUGGUUCUACUCGCCGGACUUCGAGGCUGAGCAGAUUGGGCCAUUCCUGGCCAAGUAUGCAGAGAGCGGCUUUGAGGCUGUGUGGUUUGCCAGUGCCUUCAAGGGCACCACGGGGCCGGCACAGACCUGGACCCCCCUGAGCUACCACCUGAAAAACCACCUGAGCUGGCUGAAGGUGAUGCAGGCCCUGCCACGGCUGGCCCCGCUGCGCUUCCAGGGCAUCGCCCUGACAGGCUGGCAGAGGUAUGAUCACUACUCGGUGCUCUGUGAGCUGCUGCCUGUCAGCAUCCCCUCGCUGGCCAUCUGCCUGCAGACCCUGGUGAAUGGGGGCUUCACGGAAGAGGCAAAGAGGAAGGUUCUGGAUGUGCUGGGCUUGGAGGGUGUGCAGCUGGAGCAGAGCACCUGUGAAGGCAGGGGAGCAUUCCCUGGUGUGGAGAUCUACCACAUGGUGGAGCAGGUUAAUGGCCACCUGAAGGAGAGCAUCCUCAAGUCGCUGGAGGAGGAGAGUGCCAUCAAGGGUUGGUUCAGCCCCUACCACAGGAAGCGCCAGUUUGGGAACCCUCGCAACAUGGAGAGCUUUGGCAGCAAAGUGCUCAACUGGAGAGGACCUACUUCCCUGACACGGUGGAGGAGUGGAUGGAGGAGAACGUCAGCCCCUACCUGGACCAGCUGCGGGACCUGGUGCGGGACUACCGGGCCAUCAUCCGCCUCAAUGGGCGGCCGAAGGCCACAUAGGAGCUGCAGGGCCCCAGCUCUCACUGCCCCCCAGCUGGGCUUUGGGGGCCAGCACUGUGUGUCUGUUUGCUGGUGACUGCGCUACUGCUGCCGGGUCACACUGUACAGAGCUCCUGCACACCCCUCCACAAUAAAGUAUUUUCGUAGA